AAUCUACAACAACAUGUUUGCUAAUCUUCAAAAUACGGCCGGUGUAUUCAUAAUUUUUAUGGGCCUUCUGUUCAUCAUUCAAGCUGACGACAAUGGAAACUCCUUACGCAGCUCAAAAUCAGAAGAAAUGCUAAAAUAUCUGAACAAAUCAGUGGACCCCUGUGCAAAUUUCUAUGAUUAUGCCUGUGGCAAUUGGAUAACCAUACGACCGGCUUCAAAAACGAAAUAUGAGACAAGUGUCUUUCAGGAUAGCAAAGAAGAUUUGCAAAAUAAAAUCUUGGCACUGCCGGAGGCCAACGAGACAAAUGACAGCCAAGUGCAACAAAAUGCUAAGAAUUUCUAUCAAUCAUGUCUAAAGGCGGGCAAUGAAUCGAAGCUAGCUUAUAAGCAGGAUUUGAAAGAUAUGGUUCAAGAGUUUGGCAAAAUUCCCUUUUUGGCAGGCCAACAACGCUGGCGGGCCUCCAAGUUUGAUUGGCUAAAGACCAUUGCGGAUAUCUCGCAUAGCUAUGAUAUCAACAUUAUUUUGGGCUAUAAAAUCAUGGUGGAUCUGCAGGAUAAUAGUGUUAAUCGUUUGUAUUUAACACAUCCUGAUUUCCCCUUAAAAUCCUUGACCAUGUAUUUGGAUAGGGCCAAUGAAGUGUAUCGUCAAAAAUAUUUGUCACUUAUAAAAGAAAAUUUGGAAACAUUUUUGGAAAUUCCUUCCACCCUAGCGCAGCAGACUGCUCAAGAAAUUCUGGAUUUUGAAAUAGCCUUGGUCAAGGGUACCCAAAGAUAUACAGUGAGAGGCAAGGAAUUACAUUUUCCCACCACUGUGGAGAAACUGCAUGCUCUGCAUCAACCCAAUUUGGAUAUCAAGCGUUUGUUGGAGAUUUCAUUGGGUUUCAUACCCAGCGGCAAUAUAACGGUUAAGAAUCCUGGUUACCAAACCAAUUUAAUAGACCUACUCAAUAGGACACCCAAACGCAAGGUGGCCAAUUAUAUAGGCUAUAAUCUAAUGGUCCAUUUCCUGCUGCCUAUGGAUACCAACCCCGGCAAACUGCAGGCCAAAUGUUUGGAAAAGACAAAGGGGCACUUUGCAAAUCUACUUGACCAUAUGGUCUAUAAGCAGCUGGAGAACUCAAAUCUAGCGGAGGAGGCAGUUCAAAACAUGUUUCAAAGUCUUAAAAGAAAUUUCCAAUUAGCUUUGGAGUCGGGAAAAUAUGAUUGGAUUAAUGAGACCACACGCCAACAUGCUGUGGACAAACUAAAGGCCAUGAAAUUAGAAAUCAAUUCCUAUAACCAUGUCAACUUUUCCCAAGACUAUGGAACCCUCAACUUAAGUAAAGACAACUAUGUGGCCAAUUGCAAGGCCAUUUUCUCUCUGAAUGCCCUUAAGAGCAGAUCUAAGCUGAAUCAACCUGUGCAGGCCUACUACGAUGGAGCGGCCAUGUCUUUUGGGCCUCGCUAUAUCCUUACCGAGAAUGCCAUAAAAAUCCCUGUGGCCACACUACUAUCCCAUCAUUUUUGGUCGGCAUCCUAUCCUCUUGCAGUAGCCUAUGCCCGCUUGGGUUUUCUCAUUGCCCACGAAAUGAUGCAUGGCUUUGAUGAUGAAGGUCGCACUUUUGACAAGCAGGGUAAUGAUCGUGACUGGUGGGAUGCCAUUUCAGCCCAGGGCUUUGACGAGCGCACCACCUGCUUCAGGGAACAAUAUACAAAUUAUGCCCAAGGAACAAAUGUCUCAAGAAAAACUAAUCAACAAUCAGAAAAUAUAGCCGAUAAUGGUGGUGUGCGUUUGGCCUAUGAGUCCUUUAAUAAUUGGCAAAAGGAAUUUGCCAUAACGUCGCCUGCAUUAAAGGCUACAGAAAUGUUGCCAGAUUUUCAAGAUUUUUCUCCACAACAGCUGUUUUUCCUGAGUUUCGCUCAAUUAUGGUGUUAUGAUAUUUUACCCGAACUUCGUAGCAUAAAGUUUUCCAAUGACAUACAUGAGCCGGGAAAUUUAAGAGUUAUUGGUCCCUUAUCGAAUAUGCCAGAGUUUUCGGAAGCAUUUAAAUGUACCAGGGGGAGUGGCAUGAAUCCUGCUAAGAAAUGUGAAAUAUUUUAAAAUUGUGCAAAAUAAGAAAUGAAU